AUGGGUCGAAAUCCUAUCGAUGAUGACGACGACAAAGUUGAAAAAUCAUCCGAAAAAGGAGCUACAAAUAUAUCUGAUUCGGAUACAAAUUCUGAUGUUGAAGAAGAUGAAUAUAUUGUUGAAAAAGUUCUUGAAAUGCGUACAACAAAAAAAGGCAAAGUCCAAUAUUUACUUAAGUGGAAAGGCUUUUCUCACAAUGAAAAUACAUGGGAACCUGCAGAACAUCUUGAAUGUCCCGAAUUAGUAGCCGCAUUUAUGGCUGAUCAAAAAGAAAAACAACAACAACAACAAGCAUCAACAUCAAAAACUAAUGAAACUUCAAAUGGAAAACGAUCUCAUAGUAGUAGUAGUAGUCAUAAUAAGCAUGACAAUACAGAUGAUGAUAAAAAUAAUAAUAAUAAUUCUAAAAAAAAGCGACCUCGAAUUGAAUUUGAUGAUACAGGUUAUGGUCGUGGACUUACACCAGAUACAUUAAUGGGUGCAACGGAUAUUUAUGAUGGAGAAUUAAUGUUUUUAGUCAAAUGGCAAGGAGUACAUAAACCUGAACUUGUUCCAUCACGUAUUGUAAAUAAACAAUCUCCACAACUAGUUAUUAAAUUCUAUGAAGAUCGAUUAACAUGGAAUUCAACAAAUGGUAAUAAUUCUUCAAAAUAA